CGUGUCUUUCUCAAUUGCUUCCCGGUAUAAGAGUUAGAAAUUGAAUUUUUCAAGACCACUGUUUUAAACGGUCAUUUGGAAUUUAGACACAAUUCAGAAUGAACGGACUUAUUGUGUUGUGCACAGUCCUAUUGUUUUCCACCCAGGCAUUAGGAAGAGGUAAAUCUGGCGGACUUUUACAUGGCCUUCUAGGUGGACACCAAGCAGGUGGUCCAGGCGGUAUUGGAGGACCUAAUCAAGGAGGAGCAGACCUCUUUCGACAGUUUCAGUCCUUCAACCAACAGGGUGGUGGUAUAGGGCGUGGUGGUUUAGUUGGAGGCAUAGGACAAGGUGGUUUACCAGGCGGUUUUAGCGGAGGACCAAUUCCUGGCGGUGGUGCCGCUGGACUACAAGGUGGUUCUUUUGCUGCUGGUGCAUCAUCAUUCCAAAGUCGAUCAUCAUCAUUCCCCAGAGGUGCAGGCCCUUUCCCAGGUGGUCUAGGUGGUCCCGGCAUAGGAGGACCAGGUGGUUUAUUUACUGGUCAAGGAGGGUUCCCGGGUGGAAGCCCAGGUAGAGCCAGUGCUGUGCACAGCAAGACUCACAGUGGUUCUUCUCUGGUUUCUGGAAGUUUGACAGACAGCUUUGGAGGUGGCUUUGGGUCAUCAUUAGGGGGACAAGAUGGUUUAGGGAGUCUCCUUGGAGGCUCGGGAUUUCUUGAAAAUCAAGGAGGCUCUGGUGGAGCAGGUUUCUUGCAAAACUUAUUCGGAGGAGCUGGUGGUCAAGGAGGUUUAGAAUCUGGUCUUUCUGGGCUUCUCGGAGGAGGUAUUGGUGCAGGAAGUGGAGCUGGAGAUAUCUCAGAUCUUGGAAAUAGAUUCCAUGCGGGAUUUGGUGCUGAUUCCAUCUCUGGUCUUCAGGGUGGUCCACUUGGUGGAGGAAUAGGAGGACUUGGUAGUGGAUCAAGUGGGGGAUUUGACGGCUUAGCUGGACUUUCUGGUGGUGCUGGUCAAUCUCUAGGCCAAGGUUUAUUAGGAGGAUCUCAAGGAGGCUCCUCCAUUGGUUUUGCUCAAACACUUGGAUCUUCGGGGGCUGGAAGUUUUGGUGGAUUAGGCGGUAGAGGAAAGACCGCAGGCGGACCUGGUGGACUUGGAGGCCUUGCUGGUGGACCUGGGGGUCUAGGUGGCGGAAUAAGAGGCCUUACCGGUGGACCUGGGGGUCUAGGUGGCGGAUUGGGAGGCCUUGCCGGUGGACCUGGGGGUCUUGGUGGUGGACUUGGAGGCCUUGCCGGUGGACCUGGAGGUCUUAGUGGCGGAUUAGGAGGCCUUGCUGGUGGACCGGGGGGUCUAGGUGGCGGAUUAGGAGGCCUUGCUGGUGGACCUGGGGGCUUCGCUGGCGGACAUGGUGGCCCUGCCGGUGGACCUGGGGGUCUAGGUGGCGGAAUAAGAGGCCUUGCCGGUGGACCCGGAGGUCUUGGUGGUGGACUUGGAGGCCUUGCCGGUGGACCUGGGGGUCUUGGUGGCAGAUUAGGAGGCCAUGCCGGUGGACCUGGAGGUCUUAGUGGCGGAUUAGGAGGCCUUGCUGGUGGACCUGGGGGCUUCGCUGGCGGACAUGGUGGCCCUGCCGGUGGACCUGGGGGUCUUGGUGGAAUUGGUGGCAUUGGAUCACAUGGAAUCGGCAAACCUAAGGCAAAGCCAGUUGGUUAAAACUAUUCAUUGUACCUGUGUUUUGAGUCCCGCUGUUUAAAUUUACAAUUGUAGGUGAACUGUUAAAUAAAUCAAUGGUUUUAUUGUU